AUGGGCUCCGAGGCGGCGCCGGGCGCGCGGGAAGGCGUGAGCAUCAUUUCCAAGAAUGACUUAAAGUGCAGCCUGCUGCAACUAGAAUGUCAUUUUACAUGGGUUUUGCUGAAGGAGGAUGUGGAUCUGGAUGCCAUCGAGGACAAAAUGGGCAAUCAGAUUGAAUUUCUCACGCAAUCCACUAUUGCAAGCUACAAUAUGUUGUCAUAUGUGUGUCACCUAAAGCACUUAAAUGAGGAUGCCCUGCAAAAUCUCCGAAAAGCAGAAAAAGAAAUUAAAACAAAGCAUGCAGAUGAUAUUGAGAGGAGGAGUCUUGUUACCUGGGGGAACUAUGCCUGGAUUUAUUACUGUAUGAACAAAUAUGAAGAAGUUCAAACUUAUUUAAGGAAAGUGGAAGACACCUGCAAAAAGCUUUCAAGUACUGCUCGCUUCCAAGUACAACUUCCAGAGAUCUAUUCCGAGAAAGGGUGGGCGUUACUGCAGUUUGGGAGAACAUGCUAUUUUAGAGCAAAGGAGAGCUUUCGAAGUGCUCUGGAAAAAGAACCCAACGACCCAGAAUUUAACGUGGGCUAUGCAAUAGCACUGUAUCGUUUGGAAAAUAGUACUAGGGGAAGUGACAGAAAUGAAAUCUCAACCCUGAAAGCCCUGAGGCGCGCAGUGGAACUGAGCCCAAAUGAUACUUCUGUUAUGGCCUUGCUUGCAUUGAAACUCCAGGCUUUAAAUCUAGUUGAUGAAGGGGAGAGCUACAUUAAAGAAGCAAUGGAGAAAACCCCCGAUUUUCCUUAUUUUCUGCGAUAUGCUGCUAUAUUUUAUAGAAAGAAAAGUGAAUUUGACAAGUCACUGGAGCUGUUGAGAAAAAGCCUAGCAAUAACUCCAAAAUGUAGUUUCUUACAUCACCAAAUGGGACUCUGCUAUAGAGGAAAACUGUUCCAACUGAAAAAGAAAAAAUACCCCCCCAGAGAGGAAGAGGAAGAACUCAUUCGACAUGGCAUUUUUCAUUUUGAAAGAACGAUCGAGUAUAAGUCAACAUUUUUUUUUGCCUACGGUGACCUCGCAGGUAUGUACGCAGAAGCAAAACAGUACCGUGAAGCGGAAGCAACAUUUCAGAAGGUGUUUGAAAUGACAAAUCUACACCCUGCAGAUAAACAAUACCUCCACCAUGCUUAUGGAAAUUACCAGUAUUUUCAUAUGAAAUCAGAAUCUGAAGCUAUUAAACAUUUCACAGAAGGGCUGAAAGUUGAGCAGGAUUGCCUUGCAAGAGAAAAGUGCAAAAAUUCUCUGCAGAAAUUGUUGGAAAGGAGAAUUCAGAAUGGCUUAGGAGAUGCGGCAGCUUUUAGCAAGCUCGGGUUCAUUCAUCAACUAAACAGCGAGAAAGUGCAGGCAAUUGAGUGCUAUGAGAAAGCCCUGGACCUGGAUCCUGCAAAUGAAGAAUACCUGGGUGAAUUAUGGAAGCUACGAUCUUCCAUCUGAAUCCAAAGCUUC